AUGGAGAACGAAAGUAACCUCCAGGUCACCUUCUCAAAAAGGCGUGUGGGCCUAUUCAAGAAAGCUAGUGAGCUCUGCACUCUCACCGGCUCCAAGGCGGCGGUUGUCGUUUUCUCCCCUGGCGGCAAGGCCCACUCAUUCGGCCAUCCAGACGUCAAUACUAUUGCCGAUCAGUACCUCAACCCUAACUCUCAAUCUGGAAAUAAUAAUGCCCAACAUAGCUCGGUUCCGAUUGAGGGUCAAGAAUAUCUGGCUCAGCAUGGCCAAUUCUUGACCCUGAAUUCUCGACCAGCUGGCAAUCAUGCUGCUGCUCAAUCGAACCAUGUCCAACAGAGUUCAACUCUAACCAAGGAUCAACAGUAUCUGGCUCUGGUCGAGAGCCAGAUACGAGCUGAGAAGGCCCGUGGAGAAGAGAUGGACAGGAUCAGAAAGGCUUCCCUUGACAAGCUCAACUACCAACAACUCGAGCAUUUGAGAGGGGCGAUUAUGGAAUUCAGCAAGAAACUUGAAAUCCAAGUGGAUAAGGGUGUGAAUUCAACGAUGGGGUGCGAUGUUGUUCGUGGAACGUAUCCCGGUCAAGAUUUUGGUGCUUCUUCUUCUUCUCAUGGUAAUGUGGUUCCUUAUACGACUGUGAUUCCAUAUGAUCAAGGGGCAACAAGUGGUGAUGCUGAAGAGUUCAAUAAUGGCUAUGGACAUCGGAAUUUCUGA